CUUCCGCCUCCUGUUGCUUUCCUUGCUCACCGCCUCUCGUUCGUUCAAUGACGCCGAGCUUCGCCUCCCUUUCCACGGGCAUCGUCGAACGAGCUUAGCGCCGUUGAUGCGGUUCUCCGGGCAACGACAGCACUUUCCUCGGCAACACGUUUGAAGGCUGCACUCGGACCAGUGUGCAUCAUGUGGAGGAAGGCGUCGGUGGCAGCCCUCCUGGCCCUGGCGGUCGGCUACCUUUACCACGGCUGCCCCGAGCUACCCGAGCAACUCCUCCAGUACAUCAGCCCGGACGGCCUCCGGUCGUCCCCGCCGAGCCAGCGCCGCCUGGAGCAGGUCAUUUCCGAUGCUUGGGACUCGCUGAUCACGUUGCCCACAGGGCAGUGGAGCAGAGUGGCCGUCGGACUGCAGGUUUUGUUAUGUGGCCCAGUGGGACCUAAACUCCAUGAGAUGCUAGAUGAGCAAAUCGUUGUUCCGCCAGGCUCCUUGCAGGAGAUGGACGAAUACCACCUCAUCCUGGAGUACAAAGCAGGCGAGCAGUGGGGUUCAACGCGGGCGCCUCAAGCCAACCGCUUCAUCUUUUCGCACGACGUGUCCAACGGGGCGAUGAGUUCGCUGGAGACGUUUGUGGCCAGCCUGGACGAGUUCCAGCCCGACUUGGUGGUCCUGUCUGGGCUGCACAUGAUGGAGGGCCAAGGCCGGCAGCUGUGGGAGGACCGGCUCAAAGAGGCGGUGGCAGCCAUCUCAGAUAUUCGUAAGGACAUCCCCAUCCACUUGGAGCUGGCGAGCAUGACGGACAGAGAUUACAUGAACAGCAUCAUGCAGGAGCAGGUCAUGCCCAUCGUAAGUUCCAUCGGGCUGAACGAGCAGGAACUGCUGUUCCUCUCGCAGGCGGGCGGCGGACCCCACGCUCACCUGGCCGCGUGGAAGGGCGUCCCCGACGUGGGGCAGGUCAGCGACAUCCUCCUGUGGAUCCUGGAGCGCCACGGCCGCAGCGACCCCUCGUCGGAGGCCGACCUGACCCGCGUCCACUUCCACACGCUGGCCUACCACGUGCUGGCCACGGUGGACGGCCACUGGGCCAACCAGGCGGCGGCGGUGAUGGCGGGGGCCCGCGUGGCCAGCAGCCAGGCGUGCGGCACCCGCGCCGUCGACCCUACCAAGGUGGAGCUGAAGGUGCCGCUGAGCUUUCACAGUUCGGACUCUGAGCCGCGGGUGGCGCUCACCCUCGACCCGGCGGCUCCGUUGACGGCGUGGCGCCGGGGAAACGUCACUUUCCACAUGACGCCGGUGCUGGUGUGCAAGCAGCCGCUUCGGACGGUCGGGCUCGGCGAUGCCAUCUCGGCAGAGGGGCUGGUUUACUCGGAGUUCAAGAGCCAGCCGGGCUUCUGAGCGCGCGGGUGCUGCGGCGUCUUCCUCUCGACACUUUGAAAAUCCUGCCUGUGGACACGUCACCUGCCUCUGCCGUCGUCCGUGGUCGGAUUCUAUGCACGGGGAAAGGGGGGGGGAGGCACCCUGUCCUCUUUUAAUUUGAAGGGACUCGCAGAAUUCAACUCCAAUAUCUCGAAGCAUGGUGUGCCUUGGGUUGCAAAAGUUUGGGAAAUUUCCACUAACUGAAGGUGAGCUGGUUUUGGAAACACAGGUAACAUCCCUCAUAUUUGCGGUUCUGCCUUUGUGAAUUUGUCUUUUAUAAUGAUUGAUUUGGCGCCAGAGACCAUUCCCGCCCCCACCCCUCCCUUACUCACUGGCUGAGUAUCGGGGCACUGGCCGGGAUUCGAACCCUCGCUGUUUGUGGCCGUGUCAGCAAUAACCGUAUUGCUUUUCCCUUCCGGUGCUAUUUUUAUCCAUGCUAACUAGAAAGCUCUCCUUUGCUACAAGCAAGGGCAUUGAUUUUUUUUUUUUUUUGUACUGUGUAUCCACAGCAUGUUCGUAACUCAAAUUUUGGCUUGCAGCACAAAACAGGAAUCAAUUAUAACUUGAAUUUGUAAGUCAAGGUAGUUGCAUGAAAUCUGGCUGUUUUAUUAUUUUUUUAAUACUAAAAUGUUUUCCUUCAACUAUGUUUUAAAUUUUCUAUAUCGGGGCAACCUUCAUUGUUAUCAGUUUCUGGGUUCAUUCUCCUUCAUUCCCAUGGAAAGUUUCCAAUGUUGAAAAUUCCCAAACUUUUGCAACCAUUGGCGUUGCCUUGAGAUAAGUCACACAUAUUCAUAUUUCUGCCACAAAUGGGGAAAGUUACCAAGACUCUGUCCCCACAUACUCAAAUGUUUUUCUUUGUGUAAAAUAUGUCCUGACAA